AUGGAAGAACAAGGGAAUUCUCCAUCAUCUUCUAUAGAUAGCAGCAGUUACCCUUCUCUCUACUCUGCAUCUCUCUCUCAAUCGACAAGGAGAGACUUGAGCACAGAUCUUAGGCUGGGACUCAGCCUAUCAACCUCCUCUCUUCAUGAUAACUAUUCCAAUGAGAGGAGCACGUUGUCGGAGAAAUCGAGCGCCGAGCAGCCAUCAAGCUUCUUCGUCAAGGUCUACAUGGAGGGAAUCCCUAUCGGCAGAAAACUCGAUCUCUUCACUCUCGAUGGAUACCAAAGCUUGAUAAGGACACUGACACGAAUGUUUCGAACUACCAUCAUAGGUCCUAAUGUUGGCCAAGUAUCAUCGAGUAAAGCCCACGUGUUGACGUACGAAGAUCAGGAGGGGGACUGGAUGAUGGUGGGAGAUGUUCCUUGGGAGAUGUUUUUGAUCACUGUAAAGAGAAUAAAGAUUGCAAGGGCUGAUAGGUGCUAGAGCUCUGCUUUGUCUGCAAUAUCAAUUUUGUCAAGUAGUCUUAUGCUUAAGAUAUUGAUCGGAGAAGAUAAGAGAGUCGAUAUGUACAGUAUAUUGAUAUAUUAAUGAGAUGUAUUUAGCUUUAU